AUGAUCUAGCAACAAAAGAAAGCAAAAGAUGUAAGUCUAUUACUUCCAUAUUUUAAAAACUAAUAGGCUCACUAUGAAUAUACUAAACUUAAGGAUGCUGAUGUCGGUAGUGAUGGGACUGUCAACUUUUAUGCUAUUGUAUUGGACUCUAAUUUCCCUCACAAAUCCUUCAAGUCAGACAGAUUCACUUGCUCGAUCAAGAUCACAGAUCCUGAUCAACCCCUUGAUAAAGAGGGUAUCAGCGAGCAUUGUACCUUAGUUAUGUUCGCCAAGAGAUACGAAGACUUACCAAUUACUCAAAGAGUUGGAGAUAUAAUCAGAGUUCAUAGAGCUUACGUUGGAUAAUACAAAGGAGUGAAGUAAUUCACAGCCAAUAUUUUUUUCAAUAGCAGCUGGGCUCUUUUCUCUCCUCUGAAUGCUUAGCAAGCAAAAGCUGAAUCAGUUGAAGAUAGUAAAGUAGACAAGUUCAUUUACAAUGAAAGAGAAUACUUACCGUUUACCUUCUUUGGCAGAUCGUUUAGUUUUGAGAAGUCAGAAUAAAGAUUGAUCAAGUAGUUCAGAGAAUGGAUCAACAAAACCUUUUCAAAGCAUCAUGUAGUUUCAGAUAAGUAUAUAACACCUUUGGCUGAGGUCCCAUAAAAGGGAGGAAAAUAACCAGAUAGUGGAAAGUACUAUGACUUCGAUUUGUAGGUGAAAGUAGUAUAACACUUCAGAUUAGAUGACUAUUCAAGUGAAAUUAGAGUUAUUGAUGAAUCAAAUGAGAUCUGGUACUGCCAUAUUCUCAACAUGAAAUACAAAUGGGUAAGAGAGGGUUAGAUUUUAAGAAUAAGAUCAGCAUCUAUUGAACACCAUGAGAAAUACGAGAGAGUCUUUGGAUUGAAGAACUACUCAAAUAUUCUUUCACUUCCUUAUAACUCAAUCAUCGGUAAAGAAAUAAAUGUUAAUAUUCCCGCUGCAUAACAUUAAGUUGACUUGGCUCUCCUCAAAUCAGACUAAAAGAUAAUGCAUCCAGUCAUUGCAUCAUCAAUCCAAAAUUAGAAAAUAAAAUUCGCUCCUCUAGAAACACUCGAACAAAUUCUUCAAUAAAAGGCUUAAGGUGCUGGAAAAUUGCAUAGAACCAGAAUUACUGUUGAGGGAAUCAAUCCAGAUAUUGAAAAUAUCUCUCAAAUUAUAAGGAUUCAAAAUACUAAAACUAAUUCAACCAGAGAAAUAGGAAAAAGUAAAGUUGCUUUAACUAAGGAUGAGAGAUUUAUACUUUACUUCUAAUUCUAUGUUCAGGAUUAUUCAAACUAUCUUUCAAAUUAGUUUGUAAGAGUAUUAGUAUGUGAUCCACUAGAAAAAGGUAAAGGUUUAUUCAAGAAUUUUACCGGUGAUGACCUUCAAACUGUACUUAAAGGGAAAAAGCAACAGUCAAUUAUUCAUGACACUUUGAAAAAUUUACUUAAAUUUAAUGUAUGGAUAGAGGCUGCCAUUGAAGUCCUUGAAAGCGGCGUUAUGAUAAUGAGAGAUACUCAAAUAAAUGAAUACUGA